AUGUCCUACAGAGAACUGGUGUAGUGUAGACGACGUUGUGCAGUACCAGCCUCGUAGCGGCGUUCACCUGUCUCCUCUCGACUCCAUGACAUCAUUGCGUACGCGUGCUCACACUCGCACCGCACCUUGUUCACAGGGAGAAUCUUUACAUUGUCAAGACUCUGAAAGAGUUCCAGUACAUCGACGAGUUUGGCAAGGAUCAGGGAGCGAACGGUGCGUUGACACCCCCACAUCGCAGAAUGCAGAAAUGACGCGGUCGCAGACUCAUAAAGAAUCCGCUCGAUCGUCUUGGCUACGUACAGUUCGACAAAAGGCCAAAGAUAUCACAAACCUGCUGUUGGACGAGCGACGAAUGAAAUCGCAACGCGCAACCCGACGUGACAUGCGUGACCGCAUGUCCGGAGCCGAAACCCGGCCCAAAUCGACCGAAGCGCGACCUGAUCGAUCCGGAGCGCGUUCUGGCGAUGGAGAUCUUGAGACUGCGAUUGCUGCGAGUAAGCGAUAUGCCGAGGAGGAGGCCAAGAGGAGUCAGGCCGACAACGAUCUGGAAGAGGCGAUGAGGCUGAGUCGAGAAGAAGAUGAGAGGCGGAGAAGGGAACUAGCCCAGAGCGGGAGCGAUGGACUGUUUGAUGAGCAACGGCAGUACGUUCUGCUCCACACAUGGGCUUUGAUUUUCUCGAAAGGAAUUUGAUCGAGGCUCCUGAUGAUUUUUUAGAAACCAAAACAACCUUAUCGAUAUCGACGCCCAACCUCAACAACCGAUGCAGACGGGGUGGGCGAGCUUCAAUCCCUAUGCGGCGCAACAGCAAGCCAUGCUUGAGGAACAGAUGCGCCAAGCCCAGAUGAUGGAGCUGCAGCGUCAGGUGGGUGAUGGGGUUCCGGUGUUGAACGUAGCGACCUGGACGAGAAUAGGCUGACGCUAAAGCCUUCGUUCUCGCCCCUUGCGCACAGCAACAAGAACAGCAGCAAUACCUAUACGCCCAACAACAAGCUCAACUGCAGGCACAAUACGCACAACAGCAACAACAAGAGGAGUACAUGCGCCAACAGCAGUACAUGUAUCAGCAGCAGAUGGCGCAGCAACAGCAGGCACUUCAGCCCCAGCCGACUGCGUUCGGUGCCAACAACCCUUUCGCCGCUUUCGCCGCUCCGCCUCAGCAGCUACAGCAACCUCAAACGACUUUCAACGACAACAUCGCCACUGCGACACCUCCGCGGCAGCCCAGUCCGCCGCCUGCGCUGCACCCGCAACAGACGGCGCAACCGGCCCGACAGCGGCCACAGAAGGACGACGGCAAGCACGCCCAGCUCGCCCAGCUGCUCGCAGGUGGCCGAGAAGAUGGCUUGGACACGUUCGGCAACAUUGGCAAUAUGCGUAUCCCAGUGUGAGUGUACAGUUAUUGUAUAUGCACCAAAUUUUCGUUGUCGUACUGAUCGUGCAAGAGUUCAUCUUCGCUUGGUUUAGUGGAGCUCAAUUCGCGACUCGAACAGGGGGUCUCGUUCAAGCGCAACCGACUGGAUUGGCCCGACCAAACCCGUUCAACAUCUCUCAAAACCCGACUCAGAAUCAACAGGUAUGUAAUUCGAGCCCCUAGCAGUCCACCUGUCGCAUCAACAGCCCGUAUUGCGAGACUGACUAGUGAGACCCCAACCCCGAUUGCCCCGACAGAAGGAUCAACCGUUCUUUACGAUCUGA